AUGAGUGUCCUGGUCAAUUCAAUUAUUUCUUUAACUCAUUUACACAACAAACUUCGUUCUCGUCGUUCUCGAUUACUUGUAUUAUGUUCGUCGUUAGGUGUCUUCUACUAUCUAUUACGUAAAUAUCGUCGAUAUUUGAUUUUAAAACGACGCCGAUAUAUAUCUCCACCAACGACAUCGAAUAAAGAACAAACCAAGAUUAUUCCAUCGAUUAAUAAACGAUUUUUAGAACAACUACGUGUAUUAUUAAAAAUUCUUUUUCCAAAAUUCGCAACUGAAUCAUCUUUUCUUCUACUAUUACACACAAUAACAUUGCUAUCACGAACAUUUUUAUCAAUAUUUAUUGCUCGAUUAGAUGGAGCUAUUGUCAAAAGUCUUGUACAACGAAAUGCAAAUGAUUUUAUUCGAACUUUAGCAAUAUUUUUGGCUGUUGCAAUACCAGCUAGUUUCAUUAAUAGUUUAAUACGAUUUGCAGAAUCAAAACUAGCAUUAGCAUUCCGAACAAAACUCACAAAAUAUGCAUACGAUUUAUACUUUCGAGUGAGUUAUAGAUCCUAUACUGUGAUCAUACACUAUCUUUUUUUAUACCGUUUGUUUUCUCUUUCUCAUGAAGAUUCCUCUACGUCAUUUCUUCCCUUCGGAAACUUUCUGUCAAGUUUUUUGAUCAAAAUCCCUUCAAAAUAAAAUCUAAUAAUGUAUAAUUCCAAGAGAACCGCUAAUAGUGGACUUUUUAGGAUCAGAGGUACGACUGCACCUACAAAAACUCGUCUAGAUAUAGAUACCAGAGAUGUGCGCAGGGCGCUUAUUUUCGACCUGUUCUGCCCUGUGCGAUCCUGUUCUGUUUAAUUCAUAAAAAAAAUUUCUUCCUGUUCUAUGCACACCUCUGAUAGAUACCGAAGUUAUGACUACAUUAGAAAAUGUCUCAUUUUUGAACUUUUUGACUGCCCACCCCUGAUAAGUUAACCAUGUUCAAUACACUCUCUCCUUUAAUUAAACUCCUACUUCAUGUUCUUAAGCCACUUAUUUUCGAGAUUUUUCAACUUUAACGCACUUCAUAGCUGAUAACUAUAAUUUGGAAGUAACGAUAAGUUGACGGCUUAAGAGUGAUAAAUAUGAAUUGUUAAAGCUCUAACUACUUCUGAAAAAUUUCGCGUUAAAAAUGUGAAGAGUUUUUAGAAGUUUCAGUUUUCAAAACGAAGAUGAAAAAGAAUGUUAAAGGAUCUUCAAAAGAACAAAAUUUUGACAAAAAACUUAACCAUAAACCUUGAAAAGGAAUGUAAAUAAUACCGAAUUUAGACAUUUUUCUAAUCUCAUUCGCGCUAACUGUUUAAAAAUAAAAAGUAAUCUUGAAAGCAUGUAGACUUAGAAAUUUCUCAAAUAUAAAUAAACAUUUAAGUCUAGAAAAAUUGUUCGUUAUUUAUAAAUUUGACUUUUGUCAGAGAUACGUCUUAAAGCCUCAACUAUUCAUAUUUAUCGCUCUCAACUUGUUUUAAGAUGAGGUAUUUCCAAAUUAUAUUAUCCAUUUCAAAAAAGAAAGACCAUGGCCAUUUGUUUAAUAACUUUUUCUAGGAUGUAGCUACGGAGCUGCGGUUUUCACUAGUCGAAAGAAAAAU